CCCCCCCCACCCCCCCCCCCCCCCACCCCCCCCCCCCCCCACCCCCCCCCCCCCCCACCCCCCCCCCCCCCCACCCCCCCCCCCCCCCACCCCCCCCCCCCCCCACCCCCCCCCCCCCCCACCCCCCCCCCCCCCCACCCCCCCCCCCCCCCACCCCCCCCCCCCCCCACCCCCCCCCCCCCCCACCCCCCCCCCCCCCCACCCCCCCCCCCCCCCACCCCCCCCCCCCCCCACCCCCCCCCCCCCCCACCCCCCCCCCCCCCCACCCCCCCCCCCCCCCACCCCCCCCCCCCCCCACCCCCCCCCCCCCCCACCCCCCCCCCCCCCCACCCCCCCCCCCCCCCACCCCCCCCCCCCCCCACCCCCCCCCCCCCCCACCCCCCCCCCCCCCCACCCCCCCCCCCCCCCACCCCCCCCCCCCCCCACCCCCCCCCCCCCCCACCCCCCCCCCCCCCCACCCCCCCCCCCCCCCACCCCCCCCCCCCCCCACCCCCCCCCCCCCCCACCCCCCCCCCCCCCCACCCCCCCCCCCCCCCACCCCCCCCCCCCCCCACCCCCCCCCCCCCCCACCCCCCCCCCCCCCCACCCCCCCCCCCCCCCACCCCCCCCCCCCCCCACCCCCCCCCCCCCCCACCCCCCCCCCCCCCCACCCCCCCCCCCCCCCACCCCCCCCCCCCCCCACCCCCCCCCCCCCCCACCCCCCCCCCCCCCCACCCCCCCCCCCCCCCACCCCCCCCCCCCCCCACCCCCCCCCCCCCCCACCCCCCCCCCCCCCCACCCCCCCCCCCCCCCACCCCCCCCCCCCCCCACCCCCCCCCCCCCCCACCCCCCCCCCCCCCCACCCCCCCCCCCCCCCACCCCCCCCCCCCCCCACCCCCCCCCCCCCCCACCCCCCCCCCCCCCCACCCCCCCCCCCCCCCACCCCCCCCCCCCCCCACCCCCCCCCCCCCCCACCCCCCCCCCCCCCCACCCCCCCCCCCCCCCACCCCCCCCCCCCCCCACCCCCCCCCCCCCCCACCCCCCCCCCCCCCCACCCCCCCCCCCCCCCACCCCCCCCCCCCCCCACCCCCCCCCCCCCCCACCCCCCCCCCCCCCCACCCCCCCCCCCCCCCACCCCCCCCCCCCCCCACCCCCCCCCCCCCCCACCCCCCCCCCCCCCCACCCCCCCCCCCCCCCACCCCCCCCCCCCCCCACCCCCCCCCCCCCCCACCCCCCCCCCCCCCCACCCCCCCCCCCCCCCACCCCCCCCCCCCCCCACCCCCCCCCCCCCCCACCCCCCCCCCCCCCCCCCCCCCACCCCCCCCCCCCCCCCCCCCCCCCCCCCCACCCCCCCCCCCCCCCCCCCCCCCACCCCCCCCCCCCCCCCCCCCCCCCCCCCCCCCCCCCCCCCCUCCCCCCCCCCCCCCCCCCCCCCCCCCCCCCCCCCCCCCCCCCCCCCCCCCCCCCCCCCCCCCCCCCCCCCCCCCCCCCCCCCCCCCCCCCCCCCCUCCCUCCCUCCCUCCCUCCCUCUCCCCCUCCCUCCCUCCCUGGAAUCUGGAAUCUUGUGGACGAUGA